AUGAUUUGGAACAAAUUACGAAAUUAAAUGUUUCCCUUAAAUUCAGAUUUACCAAUUGGCAACAAUUGGUUUUAUUUACUGUUUACAUUUUAAAGAUUUUAAACUACGAGCCAUCGUGUGCUUAAGUUAUAUAUACGGAAUUCUGCUUAAAUAAGAAAAGUUGUAUCAUGGGUAGAGAUAAUCGUCGUGUUGCUCCUCCAGACAAUUGUAUGUCACCAAAUUUCUUUAAAAGUAGUAAAAAACAAGAAAGCAUUGUAAAUGAGAAAGGAGAGAGAAGAGAUGGAAGGAAACCAGAUGACAUUAGGCCAAUGUCCCUAAAAGUUGGUCUUAUACCUACUGUCACUGGAUCUGCUUAUCUUGAAUGUGGCAAUACGAAAGUUAUCUGUUCAGUUAUUGGUCCUCGUGAUGUUUUGACCAAAAGUGAUUCUGCGACGAAAGGCCAACUUAGCUGUGAAUUUAAGUACAAUAUGUUUUCUUGUAGAGAACGUCAGCCAUAUGUUCCAUCUGAUGAAGAAAUGGCUACAGCUAAAGCAAUUCAAGAUGCAUUAGAGCCUGUAAUUUUACUUCAUAAAUUUCCCAAGUCACGUCUGGAUAUUACUAUUUAUGUAUUGCAAGAUGAUGGGGGAGCUGCCGGUGCUGCUAUAACAUGUGCUGGAGCUGCUUUAUCUAAUGCUGGGGUUGAAAUGUAUGAUUUGCCUGUUGGGUGUACUUUGAUAUACUGUAAUUCUCAAUUUUUAAUUGAUCCAACUGCUGAAGAAGAAAAUUACUCUGAAGUUAAAGAUUUUACAAAAAUUAGUAUGGCAAUGAUGGUAGAAUAUCAGAGUCAAGUUAUAUAUAUGGAUAGCAGUGGAUAUGUAAAUCCUUCUCUUUUGACUGAGAGCUUGAAGAUGCUUCAAUCUUCAUGCCAUCAAGUUGUUACAGCUGUGAAAUUGUGUUUAAAAAAGCAUGUUAAAGAAAUGAAUGAAGAAUUGCAAGAUGAAUUAAAUAAAGGGAGUGUAGAUAGAAAGGGAAUUUUACAAGCAAAACUUCUGCAGCCUCAGACAUAUUUAAAAACUUUUCUUGAAAACAAUAUUCGAGAAGAUUCAAGAAAUUUACCUGAAUUUAGAGCGGUGUUGAUAGAUGUUGGGACUAUUGAUACAGCAAAUGGUUCUGCUCUUGUGAGGCUUGGCAGCACAGCUGUUUUGUGUGGCAUUAAAGCUGAAUUAACCAAUCCCCUUCCUGCUCAUCCCGAUAAGGGAUUCUUUGUUCCGAAUGUUACCUUAACUCCCAUUUGCUCCAAUCGUUUUGUACCUGGACCUCCAACAGAGCAAGCUCAAGUAUACUCCCAAAUGAUUAUGGACUUGUGGAAAAAUUCACUUUUCAUAGAUCCUGCAAAAUUGUGCAUUGUUCCAAAAAAUUUAGCAUGGUGUGUGUUUGCAGACAUCAUGUGUCUCAGUUACGAUGGUAACAUUUUUGAUGCUUGCGUAUUGGCUCUGAUGUCCGCUCUCAGAAACACAAAACUACCAGAAGUAUCUGUGAAUGACGAAACCAGUAAGAUUGAAGUAACGGAUAAUUUUGUUGACUUAAAUGUGGACUCUUUUGUAUCCUCUGCUACCUUUGCUGUCUUUAAUGAAAGUGUAGUUGCUGAUCCUUCUUUGGAAGAAGAGUCUUUGUCUAAUAGCUCAGUCACAGUGAUUCUCAAUCCAAAUCUUGAAAUGAGUAUUCAUUCCGAUGGUCCUAUAACUGAAAAGGUUUUAGACCAUUGUAUUGACUCUGCGAAGGAAAGAUAUUCUGAAAUGAAGGAACUGAUUGAAAAUUUAAGCUAGUUUUUAUUGAUUGUGUAAAUAAAAUAUUUUAAAUAUGACCUAUUUAAA